CUUUAUAGUCGUAACUCGUAAGUCGUAACGUAACAUGAAAUGUUUUGCUGGUUAAUGAUAAUAUUUUACAACGUAAAAAUAAUACUCGGCACUUUUUAUGCAAGUAAUGGAAUUGAUGAAUUAGUAUUUAAUUCCGAAACAACAGCAAAGACAGAAGCAAUAUUCACUCCAAAGACUGAAAGAUCAAGUUUAGCAGAUAUUCCGUCAACAGAGUUGAUCUUAGCAAAUGCAAAUGAAUCAUCUAAAAUUACUUUAAGUGUGAUUAAAGAUGCUGCUCGCAGACGGCGAACUCUUCUGGAUGUCAUCGUCACAAAAAUUGUUCAACAUAUCACCGUGUCAAGAACCACACCCAAACCAACGAUACCGGAUUUGCACUCCGUAUACCUCAAGAGUAAACGACUACGGGACCAUAUUAAGAAGAAAAUGAUAAAAUACAAGAUAAGGAAGAAAAAAAAUCAAAAGAUCGACGAAAAACUGGGAAAGAAGAGAGGUGUCUCGAGGAAAAUCGUAACUACGACAAAGCGGGUCCCGAUGAGGAAAAGCAAGUAUUACAUUCGAAAAUAUGUACGCAAAAAUCUGUACAAAAUGACAACAACUACUCCUAAGCCCACGCGAGAUCCGUGGAUAUAUUGGACUGAGAAAAAAGAAGCGAAGAAGAAAAAGUCCAAGAUAAAGAGAUUGUUAGAGUUUUACAAGCAGAAACAAAACAGGGUACUAUAGUAUUUUAGAACCUUAAAGUAUACAAUAUGACCAAUAAUUAUUUCUGGAUACAUAAAAGGAA